AUGAUCCUGUUGUUGAUCCUCGUUAGUUUUGUGCUCUCUGAAGUUAGAUCUGAACUAUCAAAGUUACCAGAACUACCGCCAAUAGUUCAUAAUCUCCAUAGAGGUUAUGAAUCGGGUCCACAACUUGCUAACGUUCUUGAUGAACAAAGUUCAAGGCUACCUAGUCUGGUAGGGGUGCGGUUCAUGGAAAGACCGCGACCGAAUUUACCAAGCUUGGUAGGAAUCAAAUAUGUUCGUCCUCCUGAGCCAAAUACACCACGUUUGGUUGGGGUAAAGUUUAUUCGAAAGCCAGAGCCAAACACUCCUCGACUAGUGGGAGUCAAAUUCGUGAGAAAACCUGAACCAAAUUUGCCACGCCUGGUUGGGAUCAAAUUUGUUGAGUUCCCAAAACCAAAUCUUCCGCGUCUGGUUGGUAUAAAAUUCCUGGAUGGACGAGAAUCACUUACACCUAGUCCGCCUGUAAUUAAAUCAGAAAUCGGACAGCAGGAAACAGUGCUGCCGCCAGUUACUUAUGAGUCAGCUGACAAGCCCAUCACACCAAUGUCCUCAAUGUCGUUCCCUCGUAGAUUCUCUUAUCCUUAUUCGCCAACUCGAGGCUUUUCAGCUUCUGCUCAAACAACUUAUAAUUACUUAACUUCUGUUAUGCCUCGGUAUAGAAUUCGUACAGCCGCAAGACCAGUUCAACAACAAAUCCGAGUUAUAAGAGUUAGAGAACCAUUACACCCUCAGUUUUAUGCUUUUCCGUAUCCUUACCGGCCACUUCCAGCAGCAAGUCGCUACAGAUACGGACGUUUUGGAUAUGGUAAAUACCAGCAAGCCCAACAUCCAUAUCUUCCUGGAACAGGACCAACACGUUUUACCGCAAUGGAACCAAUGCCCAGUGUACCGUUUCGCAGGCAAUCAUUUCCAUCUGAAUAUAUGGGGCGAUCACGUUCGAUAGUCAAAUAA